CUCUCUAAUUCCCUCUCUCUCGUUCUCUUCCUCAUAUGUGAGCAGUGAAUCCUCCUACAAGCGUCCUACGUCUGAAGAGGAGAAGCCCUGUUCCUCCUCAAAAUUGGGUCCAUCAGCGCUGGUCAUGGAGUUGAACCCUCCUCCACCGUACCCAGGCCCCACCGACCCCUCACAAGGAGGUGUUUACCCUCCAGUAACAGUUGUACAGGACAAUGUGUAUCCAGCUCCCCCAAAAUACAGCGCCGCAGUGGUUCAGCCCGAGAUAAUGGUGGUCCAGCCACCAGCUAUCCAGACCCAACCAACUGUGAUGAUGGUAAACCCUGUGGUUGUUCAACCAGGUCUGACAGAUAUUCCUACUCCAAUGAAGUGCACUUACUGCCAACAACAAAUUGUCACCACGACCCAACAUGUCAACGGACUCCUGGUCUGGGGAUCUUUUGGAGUCCUGUUAAUCUUCGGGAUUUGGCCGUGCUGUCUGAUCCCCUUCUGCGUGGAUUCGUGUAAAGACGUCCAACACUCGUGCCCCAGCUGCAAGAACGUUCUGCACAUUUACAGACGCAUGUGAGAAGCCGGAGAACCCGGAGAACCCGAAGAACCCGAGCCCUCACUGUGCUUAAACUCCCCCCCCCCCAAAAAAAAAAAAGUCAUGUUGAAAAGUUUUGCUUUAUUCUGUUCUCCACUUUCCUCUUUCGCUUCACUUUCACACGAGGGACAUCUCCUGAGAACAUCGUGUCUCGGAGAUGAGAAAGAUCGGCGUGACUUCAGUAUUGUAAGGUUCUAGCUUGCUUUUUUUUUUUUUUUUGGGGGGGGGGGGGGGGGGUUGAAAAUUCAGAGUUAACCACGUAACCACACGAAGAGUUUAUUUUCAUUUUCAUUUUAAAGCUCCGUCACCAAACGCGCGGAUGAGCUUGGUCUUAUCAUCAGAACGCAACAUGAACAGCCUUAGACGAUCCAGAUCCAUGUUCUGUUGGCCAAAAGAUUGGAAAUGGAGGAAGUACGCGGAGUCAGCAUUCCAGCCAUGGUAAUUCCAGAUCUUUCACAGGAAGCUCGUUUUCCCGUUUCUUUCUAAACCAGACGAAUAUUGUGAUAUUUUAACCACCGAUUCAACCGAUCCGAAGCCUCGGUGCAACUUUCCAGCGUUUAACGAGUCUAGAAAACAUAUUUUGCAGUAGUUUUACAAUGUAUAGAUGAUGAUAAUAACAAAAACGUGUUCAAAUUUUUCCUUUCUAAUUUCUCCGAAAUUCAACGCUGCAGAUUGGAAGUCAUGAGUCAUUAAAGUGAGCUGGAAAUGAAAUGAAAUCUCGGUACUGCAGAGUUUCUCUGUCUGGAGAUAGAACCUUAUGAUGCUAAGUGAACGGCGUGUUUAUCUGUAAUGUGUGUGUCUGUAAUAUAUCGUAGUGUAGUGUUUGUUGAAAUGUUUAUUAGAACGACUGUGAACUGGGGUUGUUUUUUUGUUUUGGACUAGAUCACUUUGUAAUGAGUGAUUUGUUUACUCUCGUUAACUUCCUGUACAUAUAUUAAGAAGUAUAUGUUUAUAUAUUUAUAUAUAUAUAUAUAUACAUACAUAUAAAUAUGUAAUUUUCUUUAUUAUUUUUUUUUAAUGUGUAUUUUACUAUGCACAUGUGUAUAUGUAGGUGUAGGUGUAAGUAUGUGAUAUAAUGUUCAAAGUUGUAUUUUUCCUCAUAUUUGUCAAAUCAUUUUUUUCUGCUUCAUUCAUGGUCUCUGAUGUUAACUAUUACACCAGAACUGUACUUUACUCCAAUACUAUUGAAUACUAUUGAAUACUAUUGAAUACUAUUGAAUACUAUUGAACUAUACGGAAAACUUGUACUCUUCGUCUUAAAAGUGAAUUUGAAUUUGUACCUUUCAAAGCACCUGUUUAAAAAUCACCCAGGUUGUUUUUCUCCUCCUUUCGCUCAGCUGCUACGCCGUUCAGUUGUGCAGUUUGUUUGGUUUUUUUUUUUGUUUGUUUUUUUUUUUUUGUCAUUUGUUUCAAUCAAAUUGACGUCAGUGUCACAUGAAACGCUGCAGAACUGAGGCUGAUCAGUCUUUGAGUAAAGGUCAGCACCACUCUUUAAUCUGCUCGGCACACACCGCCCACGACCUGUUUCUUACUUCAUUCCAAAUGUUGUAUUAAAAAAUGUUUUUAAAAGCUG